AUGAACGCCCUUCUGCUUGCCCGCCGUGUCCUGCUACCUGCACCUCUCGUUCGCCAUCACGCGAUCCACAGUUCUCCAACAUGGCUCUCUGGACAUAACAAGUGGUCCAAGAUCGAGAAGGCGAAAGGUGCCAAUGACAUGAAGAAGGGCAUGCUCUACAGCAGAGCAUACAGGGAGAUCGCCCUUGCUGUACGCAGUGGUGGCAGCGCUGAUCCGGACCAGAAUCACGUCCUUGCUGCUGUCUUAAAACGCUCGAAGACACAGGGAGUGCCGAAGGAGAACAUUGAGACUGCGCUCAGGAAGAUUUCUGGCGAAAACGGCAAGGGCGACACUCACCUCGUCUUCGAGGUCAUGGGGUCGGGUUCGGUAGGGCUCAUAGUAGAAUGCCUGUCGGAUAACCCGAAUCGCACGGUGAAAUUCCUGAACACGCUGCUGAAGGACAACGGAGCUCGAAUGGCGGACGUGAAAUUUCUCUUCAAAAGAGAGGGGCGGGUCAGAGUAGCCCUCGAACCCGGAGAAGACAUGGAGGCUCGCUUUGAGCAUCUGGUCGGGGUCGGUUUGGAUGCUGACGCAGAAGACUUCGAUCACGACGACCAGGAAGAUGGCACGCGUUAUGUCGAGUUCAAGUGCCCGCAAACAUCGCUGCACAAACUCACGUCAGCCGUAACCGCGCCCGGGGUAUGUCGAGAACUGCUUACCAGCGAGCUCGUAUAUGCACCGCUCGAACCAUUAGAGGAUCUCGAUGAUACCUCGAGUGCGGCCCUUGACAAGCUCGUAGAUGCCAUAGAGGACCUCGACGACACCCUGCGAGUAUGGACGGCUGCUGACACAUAGACGUCGUUUAACUUCCCAUGCGCGCAUUUUGCGAGCCAUGAACACUCGACAUCUCCGGUGCAAUAGCAUACAUCUAUUGAGAACAUUACGGCGGC